AUGGCUUCUCAGUUCGCCAUCCUUGCCAUUGUUGCGCUUGUCGCCCUCCCGUCGGUCUCCUUGGCGACGCAGUGGACCGUUGGAGACGAUAACGGCUGGACCAUUUACUACAAUUACACGGAUUGGGCUAAGGACAAAGUGUUUCGAGUCGGAGAUAGUCUAUUGUUCAACUACCAAGCGGGCUACCACAAUGUGUUCAAAGUGAACCUGACUGACUUCCAAGCGUGCAACAUCCCGCCGGCGUAUGAGGCCUUGGCAACUGGCCAUGAUGUCAUCCCUCUUAUGACUCCCGGAGUCAAGUGGUACAUCUGCGGGAUCGGCCAGCACUGCGCCAAUUUCAACCAGAAGCUCAGGAUCACCGUUGUGGACAACACUGAAGGUCCAGCUCUGCCACCGGCCGCUCCCACGCCGAGUGACUCCCGCGCCAAGUGA